CAGAGAGACACAGAGAGACACAGAGAGAGAGAGAGAGAGAGAAGGUCAUGGAUGCUCUGAGCUCUAGAGUCCCAAGAGUUCUAUUGCGCCUUCUCCGAUCCUCUCCUCUACGAUCCUUCUCUUCGACCUCCAUUCCACCCCAGUUACAGCAAGCGCAGAAGGUUGGAUUUAUUGGGCUUGGCAAUAUGGGAUAUCACAUGGCAAAUAAUCUUAUUCGUGCUGGAUAUUUGGUUACCGUUCAUGACAUCAAUUAUGAUGCAAUGAAGAAGUUCUCAGAGAAGGGAAUCCCCUCAAAGGAAACUCCUUUUGAAGUUGCAGAGACAAGUGAUGUCGUUAUUACAAUGCUGCCUUCAGCUUCUAAUGUUUUGGAUGUGUACACAGGACCAAAUGGGCUACUACAUGAUAGAAGUUGUGUAAGGCCAUGGCUUUUUAUAGACUCUUCAACCAUUGAUCCGCAAACUUCAAGAAAGCUUUCCGCGAGUGUCUCUAGCUGUCCACUCGAAGAACAGAAAGGGUACGCAAACACUCCGGUUAUGCUAGAUGCUCCUGUUUCUGGAGGUGUUACUGGUGCAGAAGCAAGGACCCUGACUUUCAUGGUUGGUGGCUCAGAGGAGGCCUAUAUUGCAGCAAAGCCUUUGUUUAUGUCAAUGGGCAAAAACAUUAUUUAUUGUGGUGGGACAGGAAAUGGUGCUGCUGCAAAAAUUUGUAACAAUUUGGCCAUGGCUAUCAGUAUGAUUGGGGUUUCAGAAGCUCUUGCUCUCGGUCAGAGUUUAGGGAUUAGUGCAAGCACAUUAACUAGUAUUUUCAACUCUUCCAGUGCUCGUUGUUGGAGUAGUGACAGUUACAAUCCGGUUCCUGGAGUAAUGGAAAGAGUACCUUCAUCUAGGAAUUAUGAUGUUGGAUUUUCAUCUAAACUCAUGACCAAAGAUUUGGCACUUGCCUUGGCAUCAGCCAAAGAGGUUGGCAUGAACUGCCCACUUGCUUCUGGAGCUCAUGAAAUAUAUACGGAAUUAUGCAAGCAGGGAUAUGAAUCCAAGGACUUCUCUAGCGUGUUCCGCCAUUUUUAUGGAGGCAAGGAUGAGGCUUAGAUUGUUAUGCAUGCAAGCAUCACUCUGUUUCAUCUGUGAUCCUUGUUGCAUAAAAAUGUAAAUUUGACUUUUACCCUAACUUAUACUGACUACCGAUUGUUGAGAAUUUGGUACCCAUUAACCCAAUAAAGAUGGAACACACCUUAAAUUCCCAUAAUUCAUUUUAUCU